AUGACUGGCAGACGCCAUAAUGAGUACGACACCGUCCAAGAACAGCCCGGUGGCGCCCUCUACCGGGAGCAGCACGGUAACUACAGCUGGUCGGGAGGGAGCUACGCACCGCAGAGAACGGAGCAGCGGCAUCGGUCCUUGCAAGCCAGCAAACAGAUGCUGUACGACGUUUACGCACAGAACAUCGGUAUGCUGGAGAAGCUGGAGAAACGAGAAGAGGGCGGCGGGAAAACAGGUGGUCGUCUGGACGGGACCAGACCGUCUCAUCACACCGGCGUUUCCACGAGGAGCGGCUCCUAUGGCUCCUACAGGGAUCCACCGCGGCACGAGACGUCCCGUUGGUCUGGCGAUCGGGAGAGGGAGAGGGCAGACGCCGUGGGACGGACAGGGCGAGGUUUGGGACGGUCAGAUGUGACUUUACCCGACCAGUCUGACAAGACGGAAAGAGAUCUGAAAGCCGUGAUGGAGGGAGAGCUCGCCUGUCUGCAGGCCCAGCUGCGCUUCUGUCCGCCGGAAGUUCGCGAUGAGACCCGGUCCGAGCUCGUGGAGAAAACGCUAGGUUGGAUCGCCGAAAGAGAGGAGAAGCCGCCUCCCGAAGCCUGUAAGACUUAG